CAAGCAAUAAAAAAAAAAAAACCCAACCAACCAAUCAUGAAGUUCGCCAUUGUUUUUGUUGCUCUUUUCGGUCUGGCUCUGGCUGCUCCUGCCUCAUCUAGCGAUCAGGCUGCUGAGACUGUGCGUCAGGAAGCGGAUGUUCAUGCAGAGGGAUACAAUUUCAACUAUGAGACCAGCAAUGGCAUCUCUGGCCAGGCAACUGGUGAAUUGAAAACUCUUGGACCUGAGGAAUCUGCAGUCGUUUCCAAGGGCUCGUACAGCUAUACCGAUCCUGAGGGACACCAGCACACCAUCACCUAUGUGGCCGAUGAGAAUGGCUUCCAACCUCAGGGCGAAGACAUUCCAGUCGCUCCCGUAGCUUAAAGGGAUUCUGAAGAGCUUGUAAUCAGCUUUGAUCCUACCUAUAUAGGUUUUAAAUAAUUGUUGAGUAUUAAAGUAAAAAAGAACAAACAAAAUGUGCAA